AUGGCACGAAAAUCUCUUGUCGGAGCGCUGCUCGCCAGUCUCCAUGUAAUCAACGCGCAACUCACAUCCACUCUAUUCGAACAUGCCACAGUAAUAAUCUUCAACGAGGAAACCCAAAGCAACGAGAUCCUCCACGGCACGUCUGUCCUCAUCCAAGGAGAUACAAUCGCCGCCAUCUUUCCGUCCUCAAAUGAUCUGUCCUCCCCCGUAAUUCCACCCGACACUGAAAUCGUCCCGGCCAAGAACACAAUCAUAUCUCCGGGCUUCAUCGACACUCAUCGGCACACAUGGCAGACAACAUACCGCACCCUCGCAUCCAACACGACCCUCGCAGAGUACUUUGUGCGCUGGAGUCCGGGGACCAAGGCCACUGAGCUGUUUGAGCCGGAGGACAUCUACCUCUCGUCGCUGAUGGGACUGUAUGAAGCGCUCGACGCGGGAGUGACGUCCUUAAUUGACCACGCGCACGGCAUCAAAUCCCGAGAAGACGCCGAGGCCAACCUCAAAGCUACCGUCAACAGCGGCGCCCGCGUGUGGUUUGGAUAUAACCUCGACCCGUGGUCCGGCAUGUCUCUUCAGGACAGAGCGGCGCACUGGCUUGACAUCUUGCGCGACGAUACAAAGACGAACGACCUCGUCAAGUUGAGCGUUUCCUUUGACUAUUGGAACAUGGCUGGAAACGAAGAUCUGCAAACAGCACUCGACCUAAUCAAAAACAACGAUAUCCCACUUCUCACAACCCACUUGGUCGGCGGACCCUAUGGCGCUCCAAACGGACCGUCUCUUUUGCUAUCCCACGACCUCCUCAACCGCUCCUUUCCCAUCGUCCUCUCGCACGCCACUUACAUCACGCCGCUCGAGCACCAGUUGCUUCGGAAACACAACCACUACGUCUCCAUCACCCCCGAAUCGGAGAUGCACUUUGGGCACACCAACGUCGAAAGCGAUUUGCUCAUGGAUCAAGCUUCCCUGGGCGUCGACACGCACGCGACCUUCUCCGGCGACAUCAUCACGCAAGCGAGACUAUGGCUGCAGAGCGUGCGACACAGGUCGUACAGAAAGCUGCUGGACCAGUGGAAACUCCCAAGCCACAAUCCCAUGUCGGUAAACCAGGCCUUUCACCUCGCUACGAGAGCAGGCGCGCUGGCGUUGCGAAGGGACGAUCUCGGCGUUAUCCGCGUCGGCGCCAAGGCCGACUUGGUGGUGUUUGACGGGCGGUCGACGAACAUGGUCGGCUGGAGGGACCCCAUCGCGGCCAUCAUCCUGCAUUCUCACGUAAGUGAUGUGAAGCAUGUAAUGGUCGGCGGCAAGUUCGUCAAAAGGGACGGGAAGCUGGCGGCAAAAGAUCUGGACGAGGUGACUGAAAAGUUUGCCGAGUCGGCGAAGAAGAUACAAGACCAGGCUGUCGAAUUUGAGUUUGACAUUGACAAGACUUUCCUCGCUUACAACGGGCUUCCACUGAAAGCCCCGGACCAGGUUGAUGCGACGAGGGGCUAUGGGACGGGAUACUGA